ACAUUUUCCCCACUGCGGUCACACUUGAUUAUCUCCCAAUUUAAAGCGUAGUUUAUCAAAACGGGCGAUGCGCGGACGUCCCCAAACAGCAAUAUUAAAUUAAGCAACUCGCCACCAGUGCCACAAAUAGUGAAAUUACAUUACCCAAAUCGGUAUUAUCAAACCCACAAAGCCCUGGUGUGUACAUUUUCACACCACGUAACAACACAUGUGCGUGCGUGCAUGUAUGAGUGAGCGAGAGCGAGUGUCAAAAUGACAGCAGCAAAAACAACGAAAACAACAACAAUAGCAGCAGAAACAAAAUCCACCAUAACAAAAACAACAACAGCAGAAAUAUAGCCAGCCAGCUGUGCGAGGUCGUGUUUUUCCCUCUCUCCCGUUGACAAAAACGAAUUAGAAAAAGGAACAACACAAAUUUUAAACAAAUUUUCGGUUCUUUGGCAAAACAAGAGCAAAAAAAUAAAAAUAAAAUUAAUAAAAUAAAACAAAACAAAACUAGAGAAGACGGGAGACAGGAGAGAAAGAGUCAAAAAUUGUUCUUUACUUGUUACCUCAUUUGAAGCACACCGAGCGUGUUAUGAACAUACUAAAACCAGACAAGCUCAAGUGCAUCGUGUUUAACCAACUGCGUCACACUUGGACGUUUCUAUUGUUUGUGGCGACUCUGCUGCGGCCGCUUUUCCGCCUACCCCUACUUCCACGUCCACGGGCAUCCUCUGACCAGCUGGAGCCUUCGCUUAACAACAACAACAAUAACAACAACGAAGUGAUUAUGGAGCAGGACUUGCCGGAGGAGGGAAUGGAUCAGCAGGCCCAGGAAGAGCAGCAGCAGCCGCCGCAGUUUCUUCCCGACCUGCUGCCGGGAAAUCAGGCGGAAUUCAUUGCACUGCAAGUCUAUGAAGGCGUUGGCGAGCCCAUGGAUGCAGCCAGCGAUUUGGACGAGGAGGAGGAGGACGAAGACGACGACGACGUGGAUGUGGACUAUGUCGACACCGAUUCGGACCCGGAGUUCGAGGAUAUGUACUCUGAUGAUAUGACCAGCUCCAGCGAUGAGCUGGAGGAGGACAAGGAGAGCUCGAAGAGUGUGGUGAAGGCCUACCAGUCCCCGAAUGAUCCGAUGGAUCAGCAGCCACGUCCCAGCUACGCCUUCCAGCCGCUGCGUCUGGUCAAGUGUCAGUACAAGAAGAACAGCAAGAGCGGAUUCCCGCUGGAGCGCAGUGGCCAUCGCAUCAUCGCUUCCAACUCGCACCUGUACUCGCUCGGCGGCUACAAUCCGCGCAGUGCCCUGCGUGCCUCCCGCCGCGGUCAUUGCCUGCUGUUCCAGGAGCUGUGGAGCUUCAACUUUGCCACCCGCACCUGGAAGCUGGAGCUGAAUGCGGAUAAUGCCAGUAAUAUGCCCGUCGAGCUGGCCUCCAAUGCGUUGACCAUUCACAAUAACGUGUUGAUUUCUCAUGGCGGCACUGGUUAUCCAUUUGGAGAGUCCUGCUCCAACGACUGCUACGUUUACCGCACGGCCAGCGCUGGCGCGACACCUGGGGUGGAGCGUCUUAAGGUCACCGGUGAUUUGCCCACGGCCCAGUAUGGACCGGGUAUAGUGAUCCACAAGCACUUCCUCUACACAAUUGGCGGAACAACGGGCUUCGACUACACCUGUGAUGUGUAUCGCUUGGAUCUGCAAACCCGUAAGUGGGAGAAUGUGUACAUCAGUCGCCCCGAGAUGCGCGAUGAUCCGGAGGGACGCUAUCGCCACGAGGUAGUCUACGAUGGCAAGCACAUCUUUGUGCUGGGCGGAGGUACAGCGCACUCCGUGUACGAUCUGCAACGCAUUCCGGCCUAUAACCUGGAGGUGAACUGCUGGGACUACUUUGAUACCCAUCCCGAUCAGCGUGCAGCCGACAUAAAUGAUGGCAACCGAGGUUAUCCGCGCCCGCGCAAGUGCUUCUCCUGUGUGCAGCACCAAUCCUCGAAUGGAGAUAUCGAGGCCUUCAUCACAGGCGGUCUACAGGGCGACUUCUCAACAUAUUUCUCGGACAUCUGGAAGCUCAAUCUGCGCACCAAGCAAUGGUUCCGCAUCGAGACUGCCACCCUGCCGCGUCCCCUGUACUUCCAUUCGGCGGCCCACUCGGAUAAUGGGUGCAUGUACGUGUUCGGCGGCAUCGAGUACAACGACAAGGAGAUGCGUCGUCGCAAGGACCUGUACAAGAUGUGGAUGACAGUGCCCAAGCUGAGCGAGAUGUGCUGGGACGCCAUCACCUACUACAACGACAAUCUGGACUUGUAUGACCGGAAGACGCUCCUCAGUGCCGGUAUUCCGAAGCGUUUCGCUGAACGCCUGCCGCCGCAGCGAAGGAAGCUGCUGGACAAGAACCAGCCGGACCCGUCAAUCCUAUUUUCGCUGUACUCGAACCCGAAACGCGCCCGAUCCACAACGCAAUAGGCGUUCCACCGCCCCGUUCCCCUGUUCCCCCGAAAAUAAAAGGCGAAGAGGUGGAAAAAGAGCGGACAGAGCUUCGUCUCCCCGCCAUGAAUCUGUUUCAGUUGCAGAACUUUUCGUUACUAUUGUUUAAAAAGUUUUGUUUCACAUUGAGAGCGCGCGCUGUGAUCGAAUACGAAGGACAUUUAUAGUUGUACACAUACAUAUUUUGAUAUUUCGUAGACUCGGAAGAAGAAGGAUGUAUAGGCGAAGAACAUGUUUAGCAUGUAUAUAAGAUUGUAAUUAAUUUUAGCUAGCGGAACAACAACAGCCAGAGACAGGCCAUGCGUAUGUAUUCUAAACUUCAGCUUACAGAUCAGCCAGCGCACCCCACACCCACGCAUCUAAACUACGUCGCCUAACACCCUACAGUAUCUCACCACCAUCCAGGUCGUCCCCAACUCACUCGCCAUAUACCACGGCCCUGAAAAUUGUUCACCCUUCUUUCAAAACCCAACACCCCCCCUUGCCCACUUUACACGCAAAUCGAACCAAUAUGGAAGGCUACACCAAACAAUGUCAUAUAGAGGGGGCCCCAAAGCCAACACCCCGAUGUAUUUUUGUCAAAGUGUACAUAAUACUUAGCGGUAGUAAUAUUUAAUUAACAUAAGACUCUCCAUCAUAAUUGCGAUAUCAUUGUACCAAUGCAGUGCGUAGGGUACUGCCAGCCCCCGUGGUGAACGUCGGUUUGCUCGGAUUAUAUAUUAUUACCCAAGACUAAAUUUGGUUGAAUUUAAGUUAAUAAAUAAAUUUAUAAUGCAACACCAUCA